GGAAUGAGAUGGAAGAUGACAUGGGGAGUUGCUGCCAAUCGUUUUAAUGAUGAGAUGUCUUUGUGUGUGUGUGUAUGUGUGUGAUUGUGUGUGCGAGAGAGCGAGAGCUAUAAACCUAACAAAGGCUGGGAAAUAUAGGGACUAAAUCUGCAAUUUUUUUUUAAUUUCAGAUAAAUUGCAGUGAAGCCAAUUUGCCAGUUGAAAGCAGAGAAAUUAACAGAUUGAUUGGGAAAUGCCCCCGAAUACGGAAGUGGAGCCCGGCGUCUCCGAGGGAACGUGGUUGAGGAACAGCGCACUGGGAGCUGCCUCCAGCUGGCUGGCCACACUGCUGACCUUCCCUGUCCACAAGACCAUAUUCCGACAGCAAAUCCACGGCUUCGUCAUCCGGCAGGCGGUGUCGCAGCUCUACCAGGAAGGCCUGCUCCAGUUUUACCGCGGGAUCCUCCCUCCUCUCCUGUCCAAAACCAUCCAGGGCACCUUACUGUACGGCAGCUAUGACAGCCUCAUGCCCGUCCUGUUCCCUCAGGAGCCUGUGUCCUACCAGCGCAGCACUGCAGGGUGUCUGGCUGGAGCCAUCGAGGCCCUGGUCCUCACGCCGUUUGAACGCAUCCAGAACGUUCUUCAGGACCACAGGAAAGUGGCCAAACUCCCCCACGUGCAGAGUAUCCUGAAGGAGUUCUAUUCAUACGGUUUGAAGGGGUCGCUCCAGCUCGGGUACUAUCGAGGCUUCCUCCCCGUCCUGUUGAGGAACUCCACAGGCAGUGCCCUUUAUUUCACCUUUAAAGAUCCCAUCAAGAAUUCUCUGUCGGACCAGGGUCUCCCCGUUGGCAUCUCGGCUUUCGUCUCGGGCAGUGUGAACGGGGUGGCCAUCUGCCUGGCUCUGUACCCACUGAGUGUACUGGUCGCCAACGUCCAGUCUCAAGUGGGAGCCGGGACUCAGAGCCUCCGCACCUCCGCUCAGAACCUGUGGGCCUCUCGUAGCGGGAAGCUGCUGUACGUUUACCGGGGAAGCUCUCUGAUCGUGCUGCGCUCCUGCCUCUCCUGGGGCAUCACCACCGCCAUUUAUGAGCUAUUAAGGGGGGGCAACAACCACUGAGGUGCGGAGCGAUGAUUCGAACUGAACUGGAUCUUCUCAGGGGUUUCCUACAUUCUGAACCCAAAACAAGCACAUUUACAGCCUUAAUCAAGUGAAUGUGAAGAAUGAGAAGCUCUUACGUCAACGAGUGUGUGUA